AUGGGGGGGAGAUCUGCUGCCCGGGAGAAUGUGACGUUGUCGAAUGUGACAGUAUCGGACGUGGCGGCGUGGGAUGUGACUGGGCCGAAUGCCCUAGCGGAUGUGCCCCAUGAGUCUGUGGAAGCAGCGCAAGCAGGAGGUGUGCUUAUAGCGAGGAGGGGCGAGGCGACUGGGGCUCAGACCCUUGCUGGAGCGAAGGAAGGCGAGGCUUCGAGAGGGCGAGAGGCGGAAGUGACUGGCCAGCCAACUCGGCAGCAGCGACAGCGACAGCAGCAAUCACAGCAGCAGCUGCAGCAAUGGCAGCAGCAGCAGCAGCAGCAGCAGCAGCAGCAGCAGCAGCAGCAGCAGCAGCAGCAGCAGCAGCAGCAGCAGCAGCAGCAGCAGCAGCAGCAGCAGCAGCAGCAGCGUGUUCACUCAUCCGCUGCUUCCUCUGCUGCGGGUCCGUUCGUGUUCGGUCCCCGGGUCGUGCUAGUCGCUCUGAUCUCCCUCGUGGGAGCAGCGCUCGCCAAUGCCGGGGGCGUGGCGCCGUUCGUGUUCGGGCCGCGGGUCGUGCUAGCUGCUCUCAUCUCCCUCGUGGGGGCAGCGCUCGCCAAUGCGGGGGGCGUGGGAGGAGGCGGGCUAUUCGUGCCCAUGUUCAACCUGCUGCUGGGAUAUGACGCCAAGACAUCUACCGCACUCUCAAAAUCGAUGAUAAUGGGCGGCGCGUUGGCGAGCGUGUGUUUCAACGUGCAGCUGAAGCACCCCACCUUCCACCAGCCCUUGAUAGACUACGGCUUGGCGCGCCUCAUGCAGCCCACACUGCUGCUGGGCAUCAGCGUGGGCGUCACCUGCAACGUCAUCUUCCCGCCCUGGCUCAUCACCGUCAUGCUCUUCCUGCUGCUGCUCUUGAUGACGUACAAGACGCUGGACAAGGGCGUGGCCAUGUGGAUGAAGGAGUCUCAGGUGGCGCACCAGCAUUCUUCAGUGAGGGCAACCCCUCUCCCUUCCUUCAGUGAUUCCUCGCCCCCCCGCCCCAUCAUCACGCGGCUGCUCCCAUCAGACCGAACCACCUCGCUCCCCUCCUCCUGGUCCGACGUGCUCCGCCUCUCUGCUUCCCUGCACGCCCAAUCCCACGCCCACUCCGUGCGGGCCCUCUUUGACUGUGAGAGUGUGGGCGAGCCAGCAGAGUCCAGCCACCACGGGGCUGUGGGGUACCAGGGCUUGGCUCGGCACGGCCUUGCUUGGGAAGGCCAGGCUCGGGACGGCUUGGCUCGGGAGGAGGGGGUGUUUGGGUUCGGGAGUGAGACGCACUAUGCCGGGCGUCCAGGAGUGGGAAGAUCACCGGACGACACUGACAGGUCCGGCAAUGACAGGUCCGGCAAUGCCGGGCCAAGCACUGGCGGCACCGGACCUUCAAACCAGGACGAAUCCUGGACUGCUGUCGCUGCUACCACCACCGCCACCACUGCUGCUGCUGGCGCUGCCACUGCUGCUGACGCUGUUGCAGCCACUGCUGCCAGCAACAGCAACAGCAACAGCAAAGGGCGGAGGAUUCUGGGCCCGAUCGAGCCGGUGGUUCCGCCUGUGUUUGUGAGCCCAAGUGCCGGAGGGUUGAGCCCCCGCGGGGGGGGCGGAGGGAGCUACAGCCGCGGGAGUGGGAGUGCGGGUCGCAUGGGCGGUGGUGGGUUCGGUCUGUCUGCUGCUCUUGCUGCUGCUUCGGCUGUUGCUGCCGGAUUUGAGGAUAAUGAUGAUGAUGAUGGUUUUGGCGGUGGUUUUGGUGCUGGUGAUUCUGCUGCUGGUUCAGGGUUUUUUUCAGGUGGAAACAACGGAGGGGUGCGUCUGGAUGUGCCGGGGCAGGGGGUAGAGGAUGGGGAGUCAGGUGUGGUGGAGAGGGGAGGGGAGGAGGGGCGGAGGGAGAAGGAGAAGAAGAAGGCUGGAACAAGGGAGGAAGUGCGAGGGGGAGAGGGAGAGAGGCCGCAGCAGGAAGCUUCCUACCCGUCUGCUGUUUCUGCUCCUUCAGGGGUUGACUCAGCAUCUGAUUCAGAGUCUCAGGACCAUUCUAAAGCUCCUGCUGCUUCUGGGGGGCUCACCACCCCGUUGCUGCAGCCUGAGGCAUCAGCGGCAGGGGCAGGAGGAGGUGGAGCAGGAGGAGGAGGAGGAGGUGGAGUUGGAGGAGGGGGAGGGGGAAGGGGAGGGGGAAGGGGAGGCACGGUGCAGGGGUCUGCAGUGCGCACCAAGAGCCUGAUGGAGGAGCUGCAUUUCGGAGCACCGCUGGAGCGUGGCGCUUCUAUAACCACACCCACCCGUCCCUGUCCCACUCCUCCCGUCUCUCUCCCACGUCUCACCCUCUUCCUUCCGUCCCUCUCACCAGCUGGUGGAGCUGCUAGAAGGGCGACGCCUGGAGCGGCCGUCAUUGCUCGAGCUGCUGCUCGUGUGGGCGGUGUGGCGUCUCCACAACAAAUGCACUCACCCAUCCUUGUCCCACUCCCCUCGUCCCACCCACCAGGCGUCGCUCUUCCAGCUGGUGGAAUGGCGGCGUCACUCUUCCAGCUGGUGGACUGGCGGUCAGUCCUGGGCUCUUUUCUAGUGUGGGUGGCCUUCCUCGCCCUUCAGCUCGCCAAGCAGCACACGCCUGACUGCAGCCGCCCUUACUGGCUGCUCAACGCCCUGCAGAUCCCCGCCGCCCCUACUGGCUGCUCGCCACCCUCGUGGGGGCUGCUCGAGCUCCUUCUCGUGUGGGUGGCCUCCCUCGCCUUGCAGCUCGCCAAGCAGCACACUCCUGACUGCAGCCGCCCCUACUGGCUGAUCAACGCCCUGCAGAUCCCCGUCACCCUGCUCACCACCCUCGUGGGCGCGUGGUGUGUGGCGCCUGGUGUGUGCGUGUGGCAUGCGGAACCCCUACAAGCACACCCUCUCAUCCCCGUCCCUCUCCUCCCGUCUCCCUCCCAAUCCUCUCUCCAACCCUUCCCUCUUCCCUCGUACCACUUUCAGGCGUCGCUCUUCCAGCUGGUGGACUGGCGGUCAGUGCUGGAGCUCCUGCUCGUGUGGCUGGCUUUCCUCGCCCUACAGCUCGCCAAGCAGCACACAAUGGACUGCAGCCGCCCCUACUGGCUGCUCAACGCCCUCCAAAUCCCCGUUGCCCUGCUCGCCACCCUCGUGGGCGCGUUCCGUCUCUACAGGCAAAGCCACCCGUCUCCCAGGAGAAACUCCCGUGGCCGUGGUGGUGGUGGUGCUGCUGGUGCUGCUGCUGCUGGUGGUGGUGGUGCUGCUGGUGUUGAAGCAUCGGAGCAGCAGCAGAGGGAGGGUGCAAGCAGCAGCAGGGGAGAGUACCACACAGCGCACUGGGGCAUGCAGCAGCUGUGGGGGUACCCGCUGUGCUCGUUCAUUGCAGGGGUGAUGGGUGGGCUGCUGGGCAUAGGGGGCGGCAUGGUCAUGGGCCCUGUGCUGCUCGAACUCAACCUUCCCCCCCAGGUCACGGCAGCGACCACAACCUUCAUGGUGGUGUUCUCCUCGUCUCUCUCAGUCCUCGAGUUCUACCUCCUCGGCCGCAUCCCCAUCGAGGUGGCCCUCGUCUUUGCCGGAAUAGCGAUGGUUGCAGCCUUCACCGGUCUGUCCAUUGUGCGUGCUAUUGUCAUGCGUUACGGCAAGCCCUCUGUGAUUAUAUUCGCGCUCGGGUCGGUUAUCGGGCUGAGCGGGAUUGUUCUUGGUGCGUAUGGCGGUGUGAACAUGUAUCACGAUUGGAUGGCAGGCGCAAACAUGGGGUUCCGAGAUCUCUGCACUAGAGAGUUUUGA